GCUAACUCUUAUCAGCGAUCUAGGAUUUUUUUAUAGCCACUUCAUGCAUUAAAUAUCCAUACAGUAUUGAAAAUUAUGUACUCGUAGAUGCGAGUUUAUAAGUUGAAGGAUUUACGGCGUUUCUGCGGUAGACGUAUUUUAACACUUUGAUAGUCUCGGAUAGACACUUUGGUAGAUUUGGUGGGGCGUAGCAUGAACCACAAUUUGAUUAUUAGCAUGCCGUACAACAAAGUAAAACCUUCGAUUGUCCAACAUUAUCACAUCGGCUAUAACGAGUUCUUGCGACGUGCUUCGCAGGAUAAUUCAAUUUUCAAGGAUAUUAGAACCAUAUUAUUUAUUCUGAAAGCGACUGGCCUACUGCCGAUCUAUGAGGAAGUUUCCAGUUACGAAAUAGGACCACCCACAAAACCUAAUGUUUACUAUUCAUUUUUCAUACGUGGCUUUGUGCAAGCACUCACCAUUUUCAAUCUCUACAACCUUGUGACGCCUGGGUCGGCACAGCUUUUUUACUCCUACAGUGAUACAGAUAAUGUGAAUAAAUGGAUAGAGAUAUUGCUGUGCAUGCUGGCACAUUGGGCAACUGUCGUAAUUUGUGCGAGAAAUUCAAAAUCAUUUUUGAAAAUCAUCAACGAAAUUUUAAAAGUGGAUGAGGAUGUAUUCGAACAGUUCGGCACGACGCUGGAAAAUAAAUGCGGCUUCUUGCUGAAAUUUAUUGUGGGAAUAUGCAUUUGUCAAUGGUAUUUAAUGGUCCUACAAGUACUAGCGGCCAAGGAUCCGCUUACCGUCAAUUCGUACAUAUUCAUUGUCUUUUACGCAGUGCAAAACAGCAUGUCAACCAUUUUCAUUGUAUUUACGGCAGCUUUAUUAAGAAUCGUCAAGAUGCGUUUUUCUCAUCUAAACACGAUUCUGAAAGGAUACACGUACACUAAGCAACGUAAACUGCGCCGUUUUUUAAGGUGUGGUAGAAAUGCUCAUUCGAUGGAUUUGGAAGGGAUGGAUUUUUCGGAGGAUUCCUUGUUUACAUAUCGCAUGCACAACAAAUUACUGCGUAUCUAUCGCUCAAUUAAUGACUGCUGCAGCUUAAUUCUGGUGGCAUACAUGGGCUACGCUUUCUACACCAUCACCACCACUACUUAUAACCUCUUUGUGCAAAUAACAACACAGAGCCCUACGUCCCUAAAUGUAUUGCAGACUUGCUUUGCCUGGCUAGCAAUGCACACCUGUGUACUGGCACUGCUGUCGCGGAGCUGCGGACAAGCCACUGAUGAGGCUAACGGGACGUCGCAGGUUUUGUCACGCGUCUAUAACAAAUCCAAGGAUCUCAAAAAUAUCGUUGACAAAUUUUUGACAAAGAGCAUUAAACAAGAGGUGCAAUUUACUGCUUAUGGUUUUUUUGUAAUUGAUAACUCCACACUUUUCAAGAUUUUUUCAGCUGUAACAACUUACCUGGUUAUCUUGAUCCAAUUUAAGCAGCUAGAAGAUUCCAAGCUAGAAGACGACUCUGUUUAAGCUUAAUACCCAAUAAAAAGUGCUUCUCUUAGGUCACUAUUACCAAAAUUUCAUUUUUAUUCAAUCAUGCUACACACACAGAGAUAUACAAAACUCUUCUACAAAUA